AUGUUGGACGCCCCCAAAUUUCACCGACGAGGCCGUCGUACUGACACUCGGAAGUCUACCGCCAUGCCGUUUCCUGUCUCCUUCGCCCUCGCCCACCCAGCCUUACCUCUCAUGCAAGUUGUCCUCGCUCCCGCGACGCGCAAGGCUGCCUCCGUACUAACUAAACCUUCCAACCCUCUAGAUCAUGACGUUUGCCUGACAUUUGAGGACGUCAAGGCUCUCAAGAAUGACUGGCUUACCGACAACAACAUUGCCUUUUGGGAGGAGUUCCUGGAGCACGAGGUGCUCACCAAGUACCCACAAGCCCGCAUUGUGCUUCUCAGACCAUCCAUGGCCUUCCUCCUGAUGAAGAACAAAGACACCGACAGUGUACGGUCUGCCCUACCCGACUUCCGUGGCAUCACGCACAUUUUCCUGCCCAUCAACGACAACCGCAACGUCUCCGUGGCCGAGGGUGGCUCACAUUGGUCGCUUCUACUUGUCAGCAUCAUUGAUGGGGUGGCCUUUCAUUACGACUCGCUGGAAGGCGCCAACAACGAUGAGGGCUGGGACUGCUGCAAGAGGCUGUCCAGUGUCCUCGGGAGGCCUCUUCGCUUCCACUACCUGCAAGAUUGUCCCCAGCAGGAAAAUGGCAGCGAUUGUGGCGUCUUCGUGUGUAUUCUCAUGCGGCAUCUUCUGGUCAAGCGACUUCUUGCCGUAAAUGCCGGCGAGAAGAUUUCCAUGAGCAUGGCGCACAAGGCCAUAGAUGCCAUUGGCGCACGGAAGGAAAUGCUCAAGAUCAUCGAGACGCUUCGCAAAGAAGGCGAACGGCGCUCACCCGCCAGCAACACCCCGCCGCGCAUCGACUAA